AUGCAGAGCAUGCGCGUAUUCCAGCGCCAUGCUGCCCUGCGACAGCUCUUCUUCGAGGCGCGUUCGCCUGCCGUGCGCCGCGCCAUGCACCAGACUCGAGCUCCUCUGCAGCAAUCGUUCCGCACAAGACCAUUCCUAGAAGCUCAACGAGCUCUUUUGAGACAGUCCUCACAUACCCAGCGAGCUAUGGGCACCUCCUCCCCGCCAUCUGCUCAAGCGUUUCGAGCAGCGGGAAAGCAACCUUUACGGCGGAAUAAUGUCGCCGGCCGACGCUACAACUCGACUUCCAGUUCCACCGCGAACCAGAAACCAUCCCUCAAGGAGCGCCUGAAGACCAUGUCCCGGGAAUACGGCUGGACGGCGGUGGGCGUCUACCUGGCGCUGUCGGCGCUGGAUUUCCCCUUCUGCUUCCUCGCGGUGCGCAUGAUGGGCACUGAGACCAUCGGGCACUACGAGCACGUCGUGGUCGAGACCUUCAAGGCGAUCGUCAAGUGGCCGCUUCAGGGGUCCCGGAAGGCAGAGAUGGCCGCUGAUGGAGCCAUCGAUGAGGCCACCGACGUGAAGGAGCUCGAGCAGCACGGCGCUCAGGGAGGGAGGAUCCUAGAACAAGAAGAGGAGACGAAUGAUCAUGGGUACAAAGCUGCACAGAAAGCGAAUCAGGGCGAGAAUGCUAGUUUAUGGACCCAACUUGCGCUCGCGUACGCGGUCCACAAAUCUUUCAUCUUCAUUCGAGUUCCUCUCACUGCUGCAGUCCUACCCAAGGUCGUCAAGACAUUGAGGUCAUGGGGUUGGAAUAUCGGAAAGAUGCCACAUCGAAAAGCUGUCGGCGCAGGGCCGGGUAUCAAUACCAAGGGAUCAAAUAUCAAACCGGGCGAUUGA